AUGGUGGCGGCCGGCUGCAAGACCUUGCCGGACGAGUGCAAGAGCCUGUGGCGCAUCGCCGGGCCGGUGAUCCUCACCGGGCUCUUCCAGUUCCUCAUCGAGUUCGUCACCGUGGCCUUCGCCGGCCACAUCGGCAAGGUCGAGCUCGCCGCCGUCUCCACCGUCAUCAACGUCAUCCAAGGCCUCAGCUUGGGUCUUACCCAGCUUAGGCAGAGUCGCAGAGAGAGGUCAAUCGCGUCCUCCACUCCACUCCUCCACAACCCUAGCCGCCGCAUUCUCUCUCGAUCCCAUCCGCAAGCCGCCGCCGCCGCACUCUCUCUCUCUCGCUCCCAUCCGCAAGCCGCCGUCGCCGCCCACCGUCCCAUCCCCGUCGCCGCAAGCUGCCGGAUCCCCGGACCGCUAUCCUCACGGGCCACAGGAUCCCCGCCGCCUCCAUCCUCACGGGACGCGGGAUCCCCACCGCAGGCCACCUCCGUCCUCGUCGGCUGCUGGAUCCCCUGCCAAGCACCGCCGCUGCCGUCUUCAGCAAGCACUGCCGCCGUCGUCUCCAUCUCGUUCUUCCUCCAAGGCUUCACCGCCGCCGUCUCCAGCAAGCACUACCGCCGUCGUCUCCAUCUCGUAUUCCUCCAAGGCUUGACCGCCACCGUCUCCAGCAAGCAGUACCGCCGUCGUCUCCAUCUCGUAUUCCUCCAAGGCUUCACGUCACCGGAGCAGCACCGCCGCCAUCACCACGCCGGAGCAGCACCGCCGCCAUCCUCUGUCUCUGCAAGAACUGGACUUAUAUUUGUGGAAGAGGAAAUUAUCCAUAGGCCAGAGGGUCUUGACAUCAUCAAUUGGUGGCAGUUUGGAGGUAUCAAGUAUCCUACAUUGCGAAGAAUGGCUCAUGAUAUACUAGCCAUUCCUGUAACAACCGUGGCAUCGGAAUCUGCCUUCAGUACUAGUGGGAGAAUACUAAGUGCACAUAGAUGUUCACCUGCACCAAACAUGACCGAAGCUCUUAUGUGCAUGCAAGCUUGGUCCCGUGCAGACAUGUUAGGGGAUUGCAAUUCUACUCUCUUUGCGGACUUUGAAACUGUUCUUAAGGAUGACACAGAAAUGAUGGAGGUUGAUGAUCAAUCCAUCUUAACCGAAGCCUGAAACAUGACUCUAUGAUGGUGUUGUUGCUGCUUGGUUGUGACGAGAAGGCCGACGACCCGGCGUGCUACACUACUACAUGCUGCUAUUUACAUUUAUCCAUGGGCUGCUACACUACUACUUGCUAGUGCUAGCUUGUUGGCACACAACUACUCAACCUGAACCUUGUAUUUGUGUAUUUGUGCUGCUGCUGAACCUUGUAUUUCUGCUGCUAUUUGUGCACCUGAAGAUCCUGAACCUUGUAUUUCUGCUCCUGAACCUUGUAUUUGUGCUUCUGGGACCUGCACCAUGUAUUUGUGAUGCUAUUUGUGCUCCUGAACCUUGUAUUUGGCUUCC